GUUUGAAAGAAACUACAGAGACAGGGCUCUAUAGCUAGAAUCUCCUGAUUUAUUACAAGAUGCUGGACUGGAGAUCAGCAGGUGCUCAUUUCAUCCUGGCUAUGACUCUGAUGCUCUGGAGUUCAGGAAAAGUUCUCUCAGUGGAUGCAACAACCGAGGCCUUGGAUUCUGUGGUCACAGAUGCACGGACACCAUCCCCAGCCAGGGAGGAGAAAUCAGCCACCGACCUGGCAAUGAAACUCUUGCUUCUCGAUGAACUGGUUUCCUUGGAGAAUGAUGUGAUUGAGACAAAGAAGAAGAGGAGCUUCUCUGGCUUUGGGUCCCCCAUAGACAGACUCUCAGCUGGCUCUGCAGUCCAUAAAAGCAAACAGACGAAGGCAGUACAUCAUUCAAAAAGGCGAUUUGGUAUCCCUGUGGAUCGAAUUGGUAGAAACCGGCUUUCAAAUUCCAGAGGUUAACUGAUUCCAAUUAUGCAGAUUCUUCAUGUGAAAUCUCCCAGAAAAUACAAGAUGCUUCAGUGAAGUCCUUCGUAGUCUUUAAAUGAUUAAACUUUCAAUUUACUGAUUUCUGCAAAUCCUUCCA